AUGGAGAAUGAGAAUUCAAUCUGUAAUGAUCGCCUUUAUGCCGGCGUUUCUGAGGCCGACAACGUCACGUAUGAAGAUUUUGGAAAGCCUGAUAUACAGAAGCACGAAGUUCAAACUCUUGUUGAAAGCAACUACAGUGUGAAAGUAGAGCGUCUGGAAGAGCUUGUCAGCUGUGUCGAUCAGAAUUUUCACGUAUCUGCAAAAUGUACAACCGGGAAAAACGUCGAAUUUGUUUUGAAGAUAUUGUGUUUGAAGAGAUCGCAACAACUACAGCCGGUCGAGGGUAUGAUCAAGUGUAUGUUAUAUCUCAAUGACAAGUCUAUUCACGCCCCCGUGCCAGUAAUACGAGAUUCGGGAGAUUACGUGACACUGUAUAAGACUGAUAAUGGAUAUCAUGCUGUGUAUAUGCUGAAAUAUAUAAGUGGAAUGCCAUACAGUGAAAUUAUACAACCAUCUGCUACAAUGAGUUACAAUGCAGGUAGUCUACUUGGCCGUAUAGAUAAUGCACUCAAGGACUUUUACCAUAAUGGUUUUGAAUAUGAUAAUGCUGUGUUUAAGUCAGAUGACGUCACGUCUGUGCAAAAGAGUUUAUAUGUAAUCGAGAAUGAUAAAAGAAGACAGCUGAUAGGGGAGGUCAUAUCUGCGUUCAAAGAACAAGUCAUUCCCAAUAUAGGGAAACUCCGUAAAGGGAUAAUACAUGGGGACUAUAAUCCAUACAAUGUAAUUGUUUCCAAGAAUCGGUUACUACCAAGAACGGAUAGUGACAAAAAUGUCAAUCAUGAUAUUAAAGGCCCAG